ACUUUUUACACCUCCCAUCUCCCAUGUUUACGUCAAAUCCUUCCCAGCAGCGGAUGUUAUUGGAAAACUGGAGCCACAAAGCAUCAACGUUUAAGCUAGAAAUCGGAAAGUUCGCAAAGCUGAUAUUUUGAUUGACGCCGUGGAUACAGAAGAAGCUCCCUUAUCUGGCCUCCUUCCAGGGAACCAACAUGUCCAGUGACCCCCCUCCUCCUUACCCAGGCGGCCCCAAUGCCCCACUUCUUGAGGAAAAAAAUGGACAACCUCCAGUUUCUGCAGCCUCUGCUCCAGUAAUGACAGGACCUCCACAAGGACAGCCGCUGCCUCCAGAAUACGGGCCUCCACCUUAUGAAGCCACACCUGGGUUUGUUCCUCCGCACGUCCCAGGCGAAGGUCCCAAGCCUAUUCCUAUGCCUAUGCACAUGCAUAUGCCCAUGCCUCAUCCUCACGGUGGUUACUACGCUCCCCCUGGGCACUUUCCUCAUCCGAUAGCGGAGCACUAUGGUCCGGGGCCCAGUCACUUUGGUCCAGGUCACACAGCCACAGUUCUCUCCCCUCCUGGUACCACCACCACCGUGACUGUUCUACAGGGGGAGAUGUUUCAGUCGGCUCCAGUGCAGACGGUUUGUCCACACUGCCAACAACCCAUCACCACCCGCAUCAGCCACGACAUCGGCCUCAUGAAUACUCUAAUCUGCAUGUUCUGCUUCUUUGUCGGUUGUGAUCUAGGUUGCUGCUUGAUCCCCUGUAUGAUUGACGACCUCAAGGAUGUGACACACACUUGCCCCAACUGCAAGGGCUAUAUUUACACACACAAGCGCAUAUGCUAACAGUCUAUCCCAUUAACGAUCGUGCUGUGACCUCAUUCUGGUGGGUGUUGACGACUCACUCUCAUUUCCUUCUGCUCUGUGAUCGCCCCAGCUGACGGCUCGUAUUUCUAGCCAUUUCUCGCUUUAUGUAACUAUUGAUUCUCACAUUUAAUUUACAGGCACUUGACUUGAUGUAGUUACUGACACCUCUAAAAUGAAGCAGAGGGCAUGAAGGAUCGGUACGUUUUAAUAUGCACAAUGGUCAUUGUUUCAUCAAAGCACUGUUUCAAAUUUUCAUUUUUUUUAGCAGUAAAGCGAAGUGUAAACGUGUAGAAAAUAUGUGAAAACAGUAACCUUAAGCUCAUUUGUGAAUAUUACUGAGUAGCGAAAACAACUGAAUUUCACUACAGGGUCAGUAUUGUUGGAAUGUAGGAUUAUUAUUUGAUGCAUUAUUGUUUUAUUUUAACAUAUUGAAAUGAAAGUCUUUAAUGGCUGGGUCUGGGACCGUCUAACGCUGUCCUGGAGUAACAUUGUUGCUUUUACAUGUGAAAAGUGCGUCUAUAUUUGGCAUUUUAUGCAAAUGUUAUGAGGAAAAAAAAUUCUUUCACUUUUGUUAUGUUUUCAAUUUCUUAUGUUUGUCGACAAGACUCAUUUGAUUUGAUAU